AUGGCUGUCAUUUCUCAAGCUUAGGACCUUUAAUUUCUUCAAAUGUACAAAAGAGACCCAAUUCAUUUUAUUUUUAUUGUUGAUGAUCCUCUCUUUUUUCAAUAUUACUACUUAGAGUAAUUUAAGUGCUUUUUGUUGAGUUACAACGCAAAAAGAAUGUUUCUAACAAAUGAGAUGGACGUAUAAGACAUCUUUUCAAUAUUUACUCCAUAAUGCAAAGAUAAUCAAAAUGAUUUUAUGCCACUUAUUUAGUUCUAACCAUUUGCUAAUUUAUAGAAUGAAGAUUGUUUUUAUUAAAUCUUUAACCAAAAUGUACUAACAAAUGAUUAAUUUAAACAAUGGUUAUAAUCCGCUGAUAAGAAAGAAUAAGUAGAAGAUAAUCCAGAAUAGAAACUUGAGCAAGUCUACAACUUAGUUGUAAAAAAUUGCAUGGAUUAAAAAUUUAAUAAUUCUGUGGUCUUUGUAAGCUCAAUGAUUAGCGCAUCGAAAUAAAAAUAAUAUAAUAAAUAGAAAUUAAAUUAAUUGAAAACUAAUCAGAAUUCUAAUUACAAUUUUAAAUUACAUGCCAUCUCUCUCAGAAAAAAUAGCUUUUAAUUACUUUAAAAGUUGACUUCUUCCUCACUUGGUUAUUAUUUUUAUGCUAAAGACGUUUAAAAAUAGCUAUUUCUCUACUCAUUAGAUUAGAUAUUAAUUUUACACACAAAAAGUUAUUUAAAAAACUAUAAAAUCGAGCUUUAAUUCGAGGAUAGCCAUAAUAUUAUAAAAUAAAUUUCCCAUUGCUCUAAAUGGAUAUUAAAUAAUAAUUCAGGCUAAAAACAGUCUUACAAAAUCUAGUAAAAAUACUUUACAUCUAAUGAAGAAAAAAUAAGUCUUCUAUCAGUUGUCUUAAACCCAACAAAUAAUUUAUCCCCAGGUGUUUACAAAAUAGGUAGUGUAACUCACUCUUUCUAGGUCCCAAGCUAGAAUAAUUUUAUCACGAUUAAAAAUCUUGCAAUCUCUUCUUUAAUUUGA